AUGAACGAGUCAAGUAUCCCACCUGUGCAGACUCUCGCGCAGCCCUCGACAGCACGUCCCCUAGUCGAGCUUCCAACUCGUCCGUCCGCAUAUGCUGCAUCCGGUGGAGCUGAUGCAAGCACUGCGCCCAUUCGCUCCAUACAGUUGUGGAAGUUCACCCCCAAGGAUUUUGAGGAAUUUGUCACCUUUUGGAGCAAGUACACCACCGAUGAUCUUGUCAAGUCUUCUCCCUUCUACACCAAGACGACUAUCAUAGUCGAUCCUCGGGCGAAGGGUCAGUUUCCCGAGAAGAGUGAGAUCACCGAGCGAAUUAUGCACGCCGUACACCCAGUUCCCCGUAAACAGCUUCAGAAUCUGGGGCCGGUCUGUCUCCAUAAUCUAGGCGCUAAAUUGGAGGAGGAGCGAUGGGACGUCGACAGGACUCCUCAGUUCAACGCUCGUGUACAAGAGACAUUGGCUCGCGUAGAUGACGCUCUAGAGCUCAUAUUCCGUGUCCAUUUGCCAGGCACUCGUGUCUUCAGUGGAAGGCAGCCUUUCGAAUUCUGA